AGCUAUCUACCUACAGAUAUGAUUGUCAAUGUAUUUCUAACAUAUUUUUCUUUCUCUUUUUAACAUUCAUUGAUUAGACUGUUCUGUUUUUUUUAUGUUAUUAGUUGACUGCAAUUUAUCCCUAGAAAAUAAGUAGGCUUGGAGUGUACGUUAGUUUCAAUCUAGUCUAAAGUUGUUAUUUUAGUAGCUGCACAAAAUAGUUGUUGACUUGUUGUGGGCCCGAAGCAACUUAAGGACUUAAAUGACAUAGAUGAGUACAAAAGCUUCACACCUUUCAUUGGAGAGAUUUCUUUUCUUGAAGAAUUUCUAUUUUUUUCUCCUUUGAAUGCAUUGGUUUUUAAUUUAAUAUGGAAAAUAAAAAUAAGUGUAGCGCACAUCAUGCUAGAGAAACAGAGAAAGAUGAGGAACCACUUCAUUCUUCACCGCCAAUAUGUGAACUAUGUGUAUGAUAACUUUUGACAAGUCAUAUUGGCCUUUGAAUGAAUAUAUUCAGGGUGAAUAAGCAUUGAGAAGUUAUGAUCAUGAUUUAUACACCGUUAGAUCAAUUCAUUUACUGGUCAAAAUGCUAUUUGUAAAAAAUAUUACUUGAAUAGCUUAGUACAUAGGACUCGGUCCUCAAUCUCACCAUGAGAUUCUUUAAAAAGUGCUAAAUAAACAAAGUUAAAAUCAAAAGUGGGACUGCAACUAAUAAGAGGAAAAGAAUUAGUGAACAAAAUAGCUUAGGGCUAAUUAAUUAUUAGAUAGUUCUGCUCUAAUAACAAUGAUUAUGAUUUUAAAUACUGUAUGUGUGAAAGUUUAAGGGAAAAAUUGGCAGAAGAGCACUAUGAUGUGCAAUUUCCUUUCUUAAUUUAUUUGAAUUUCUCUUUACUGUGGACAUUACACGGUUUUCAAAUUCAACAUCCCUUUGCAGUGACCGGGUGAUAAGGCUUUAUAAAUCUUCGUUGACCAUCUGUUGAACACCUUAUCGCAAAAACUAUGGAUAUAUCUAACUAGACUUCUAAAUAUUAUUAUUAGAAGAGAUCAUAUAAAUUUUUUUUUUUUAUUUUCCUAAUCUAGACUUCUAGAUAAACAUGGUUUAUUUAGAUUUUUGUUCCCUAAAGAAUUGUUUGUUUGAGGUACGUAUAUGACAAAGAAGAGAUUAUAUUUCUUGGCAAUUUACUUUUUGUUAGGCUUUGGUUUUCUAUGGGUUCAACGUUUCGUAAUCCUCAUGAACCAAGGCUUGAUUAUAUUUCUUGGCAAUUUAUUUUUGUUAGGCUUUGGUUUUGUACAGCUUCAACGUUUCAUAAUCCUCAUGAACCAAGACUUUCUGCUAAAGUACUUGCCACACCCUUAGAUUCCAAGAAUAAGGAAAUGUUUCCCACAGAUCAAAAUCCAUAUAUAUAUAUAUAUAUAUAUAUACACACUUUUAAGAUAUUAAUAAUAUUCAGUUUUUCUAUGUUUGACCAGAUCAGACUGAGUGUUUUCUAGUUUUGAAUUUCCAAUUAGAAAUGGGCUAGCAAGAUGUCCUUGCAUUGGAAAAAUCUUACAUAUAGAUAGUGACAAUUAACAAACUUUUUCCACUGUCGUUAACUAACAUGGUCACCCACCUUGUAUACUUCAUGUAUGUGGAUGACAUAUAUAUACGAAGAAGAUGACAUACAUAGACUAUAGGUCGUUUGUGACAAAUGCCAAAUACAAAUAUUAAAAGACCCUCUUCACGAUUAACAGGCCUAGGCCUAGGCCUCCUCUUUCUUGUUUUAAGCUGGAGCAUUGAUGAAAGGACUAUAUAGAAAGUUUGGGUUCUUCAAAAAUAGGCAUUUUGCUGCUUGAGAAAGAAAGAUCUGGUUGAGAAACAUAACUCUGCUAUGAUACCAUAAAUAAAUAGAGGGAAUAGAAAUGAUAUUUGAUAGAUAAAUGCUCUUGCAUAUCUACAGACUUAUCUCUUACAAAAGGAAUGGAUUCUAUAUUAUAUCCAUAUAGUGCUAACGGAUGAUGAUUCUCUCGUUCAAGAAGUUUUUAUUCAGAUUGUCAGGAAACACAUCCCACCAAUGUUGCCAUAGGAUUUUAGAAGUUCUUUUGUUGACUAAAAUAGUUUAUUUUUCUAGUUUUGAUUUUUCAAUUCUGAAUAGGGAAGAAGACCUGAUUCCUGUGGUCUUAACCUUGGAAAAAUCAUCCAUAUGGAUAGUGAUAGUCAACAAGCUUAAUUGCUUAUACGGUAGACUUCAUAUAUAUAUAUAUAUAUAUAUGAAUGAUAUUAGAAGAAAAAAGAGUAGGAAAGACCCCAAAUGAUAUCAUUCAUCCUCCUCCAAAAUGGAGAUUGCAAGACCCUCUUCAACACCACUCAUAGGCCUAGGCAGCUUCAUCUUUCUUGUUUUGAUGGUUUUUCAUCUUCAAACUAGCUAUGCAAAACAUCAUGAUCAUCAUCUUUGCCCUGCAUCUUCAUGUGGAAAUAUACCCAAUAUAAGCUACCCUUUUCGGCUCCAAACCGAUCCACCAAACUGCGGGAAGAAAGGCUAUGAACUAUCUUGCGAGAAUAACAACCGUACUACUAUCUUAUACUUGUAUUCGGGAAAAUACCAUGUCCAUGCAAUCAAUUACGAUAACUACACAAUCCGACUGGCGGACGUCAAUAUUGACAAGGCUAAUUGCUCCACGGUACCUCCUUACUCUUUGUUCAAGUAUAACUUCAGUUACAGAGAUCCAUAUUUAAUUAGGAUGAAUACAGACAGUGAAUCAUAUUCACUUUCAGAAGCUAUAACAUUCGUCAAGUGUGAACAUCCAGUUAAGUCUCCUCUUUGCAUACCCACUGAUCGAUGCAUUAAUAGGAGUGGUGCUGCUAGUACUACCUUAUCCAAAGAGGAAUACUACUCUUAUGUGAAGGUUGGUGGAACAAAUACAUCGGAGUUAGAGGAUUCUUGCCGUAUAGAGCUGAUGGUUAUGAUCACAUCACGACUGCAGAGAAUUUGGGAAAACAGCAGCGCCAACAUUUCCUACAAAGACAUACACAAUCAACUUGUAUACGGCUUUGAGCUUUCAUGGUUGCCAAGUUUUGUUAAUUUAGAUGACACUUUAGGUGACACUUGCUAUGUCAAUGGCGCCAACAACAUGGUCCAUUGCGGUGAUUUGAGGACUAGUACUCCGACCCUUUUUGAGAUUGGAUUGCUCGGCCCCCUCAUGAUCCUAUUGACCGUUUUCUUGAUCAUGGUUCCCUUAGCAAUUGCAUUUCAUACCUACAAACGGCGAAGGCGACAUUUAUCAAUGUAUAAUAUCAUCGAAGAAUUCUUACAAACUAACAACGAUCUUAUGCCUGUAAGGUAUUUGUACUCCGAUAUUAGAAAGAUGACUAAGGGUUUCAAGGACAAACUAGGCGAAGGAGGUUAUGGUUCUGUCUAUAAAGGAAAGCUUGGUAGUGGACGUUUUGUAGCAAUCAAGAUGUUAAAGACACCCAAGGCUAAUGGGCAAGAUUUCAUCAAUGAAGUUUCUACCAUUGGAAGGAUUCACCAUGUCAAUGUCGUGAAGCUUGUUGGUUUCUGUGCUGAGGGAUCAAAACGUGCUCUUGUAUAUGAUUUUAUGCCUAAUGGAUCUCUUGACAAAUAUAUUUUUUCUCAAGAAGGCAUUAACUUAUUAGAUUGCAAGACAAUGUGUGAAAUCUCUUGUGGAUUGGCUCGUGGUAUUGAAUAUCUUCAUAGAGGAUGCAACAUGCAAAUUCUGCAUUUUGAUAUUAAGCCUCAAAAUAUUCUUCUGGGUGAGAAUUUUAUUCCAAAGGUUUCUGAUUUUGGGCUUGCAAGAUUAUCCCCAUUAGGUAAUAGCAUUGUCUCUCUUACUGCAGCACGAGGAACCAUGGGAUACAUAGCUCCGGAGUUGUUUUACAAAAAUAUUGGAGCAGUUUCUAACAAAGCAGAUGUUUAUAGUUUCGGAAUGCUAUUGAUGGAAAUGGCUAGUAGAAGAAAGAAUUUAAAUGCAGGUGCAGAUCAUACAAGUCAAAUAUACUUUCCUUCAUGGAUCUAUGAUCAAUUCAAGGAAGGAAAUGACUUUGAUAUGGACGAUGCAACAGAGGAUGAAUAAAAAAUAAGAAGGAAGAUGAUUAUGGUUGCAUUAUGGUGUAUACAGAUGAAUCCAAAUGAUCGACCAACAAUGAACAGAGUCAAAGAGAUGCUAGAAGGAGAUGUUCAAAGCUUGCAAAUGCCUCCAAAGCCUUUUGUAUGUCCGCAAGAAAAGCCAGUAAAGCCUCUAAAUGAUGAAGGGGUGAAGUCAGAUUCAGGAUACCCAGCUGCAUCAUGUCAUGAAGACUCCAAAGAGAUUAGUCAAAUUAUAGAAUCAAGUUAAAGAGAUAAAGUCUAAGAAUGGUAGGUUUGUUGUUUUCACAUUUACCAAGAUAAAUAUAUGCUUUUAUCCCCUCGUUUUAGAAACAAAUUCUCAUUUACGAUGCCACAAGACUAUGUAUUAAAUUAGUUUUUUCCUUUCUAGAAGCAGAAUAAUUUAUAUGUUGAGGGAUGAUUUCGAUUGGUCUACUGAAAAUAGACCACAAAUAUAAGACAAUAAGAAUGAUCAUAAAAAUUGCACUUAUUGUUUACA